UAAAUCAGAGUCCGCAGGAGCAAAUGCACUUAUCUAAAUUGGGUGUGACAGGCCUCCCUAGGCUGUAUUUCAGGACUCCUUCUAAUUACAUACCCCCCUCACUCUCCUUAUUUAUUGCAAAUUACACAGGCCACCAAGCAUGGACACCCAUCCUUCAACUAAUAUUAAGAUUCAGUUAAAUAGUAUGACUGAUUUUUAUUGAGUAUCUGUGCAUGUGUGGAUUUGGGUUUAAAUGAUGUCUCCUAUAGUGUAGUUUUGCUGUUUCGUUUUACAGUAUCAGUGCUUCACCACACACCACAAUUAUGUGUUUUACAUUUUUCGGGUGAUUCCUGUGAAAUUCUAUGUCUAACCCCUUCUCCUCUUGCAGGGGUAUUCAGACUGUUUUAUGGUCGUCUAGUGUUCUGUAGACACUUCUGUGUUUGUGGUGUAACAGUGUGGUGCCAGGUGCAACACAUUCCCAUGGCUCUCUGUGAGGGUGUUGGGUUUGAGGAACUCCAUGGUGCUCCAAUUGUUCUGUCAGCCAAGACUCUUUCACUCAUCUCACCCUGUCAGGCCAGCCCCACAUCUCUCCAAGCUUGAGGAAAAGGAGUGACCAUCAUCUUCCUCAAGCUCCGCCACAAACUCUUCCUCUUCAUCCUCCUCAUCCUCUUCCUCUUUCUCCUCUCCUUCUCCUGUUCGCCCAUUGAAGUCCAUCUCUCUGCUCUGCUCUCCAUGUGCUUGCAGCCAUUUUCUCACCCUACCUCGAUCCAAGCACAGUGCGCCUAUAGACUCUCAGCAGAAGGAACUCAGGUAGACCCUCUCCCCAUGGGGGUGUGCAUGUGUGUCCUUAACCCUGUGCUGUCUCCCUCAACCCCCCCUGAUUAACCCACUAACACCGAGCCCGUCUCAGUCCUCACUCAGGCAACCCUGUGUCAGUCAAAUCUUUCAGCACAGCCUCAGUUAAACAGCCAAUAAAAUGCUUACUCUCAACCCCUCAUACAUACACUAGAUGUAAGCUUAAUAAUUUAUUCUAAAUUGAUAGAUGACACUUUAUAAUAAGUUUCUGUGCAUUUAGCAUUUGUGAUGGUGAGAGACGAGGCUGUGCUGACAGUCUCUGUACCGUAGACUGGAGGCCUCAGAGAACUGACACUGAGACACGUGAAGUCAAAGCCUAUGUUGAAAGAAUGGCAAUGGCAACCUCAGUCCACUACCUAGGUCCAACCCAUCCCCAGGACAGAGCCCUGGAACCUUCCGGGCCCACCUCAGAUGGCCAUAUUUGUAUCAAAUGAGGCCUAGACUAGUGUUGUUGUCCAGCCCCUCAUCUCGUUUCUCCUGUACAUGACACAGCUUGUCAAUGCCAUUUAUAGCACAGCACUGACUGGACAUGACGUUAUGAGUACAUAUCUCUCUCUGAAAAACAAAAGCUAUACACGUCCCUGUUCACUUCAUUUGUUGCUUUGAAAAAGAUUGUGCUGAAGUGAGCUGCUGGUUAAAGCUCUGAGACAUUGAGGUCAUACAUUCCCCACAUCCUCAGACACAAAACCCUCAUCCUCGACACCCUCUCUUACAUAAGCCAGUCAUCCCAGCAUCCUCCACCAUGGAUUGGAUUUACUCUACCUGUGGUUAUGUGUAUAGAUUUGCAUUAGUUUCCACUGUUGUCAACAAUGACACGCAACACAAGAUUAGAGGAGUUUACAUGUACAUGGUCUUCCUGUAGUUCUACCACAUAAGAUGGUUACUAUGGUUUCCACCUACAACAACAAGAGUUUUAACAACUCAUCAAGAAGUUGCCUCUUGAUGGGCCAGCUCACUGUGCCUUUGCUUUCUUAUAAAUUGUCCUGUGUAUUUUUUAUUAUUUUUAAUGAAAUGAUGUCCAGCAGAGGGUGAAUAUAUGGUAUGUCCAGCAUCAUGUAAUUUAUAGUGGAACCUGGCUGCUACUAAAAUGGACCUAUUCAAAAAUAGCAGGGAUUUUAAUUAAACUGUAGUGAGUCAUUCAUAACUGCUCCACCAGGAGUUCUUUAACAUAGCAAGAUGUCAAGGUAAGGUUCAUAGCAAAGGGAAUUGUUCUUAUGAAGGAAUUUGUGUGUGUAAGUUAGCAUAUGAAGUUCAGUGUGUGUGUGUGUGUGUGUGUGUGUGUGUGUGUGUGUGUUGAUGAAAAACAUCACAAAUAGACAUCAGUUCACAGACUGAGCUCUUAACCCACCUGUGCCCCGUGUGUUUGGCAGUCGAGGCGGCGUGUAUCCCAUCAACCGUGAGGAAGCGGUCAGGUUACUGCGCUCCACUAGGAUGGCCCGAGCUUAUUCCGAGGGCGCGUACAAUGACAUGGAAAGGAAUUACGGAGCGUCGGACAGGUAUGAGUACCAGCACAGGUCCCGCUCCGCCGACCAGCGGUCCGCCAUGGACCGCCCCUUCUACACGCGCUCCCACUCCACCGAGCGGCCCCCCCGACAGCCAGCUCAUGAGGUCCAUGCCGUCCCUCCCAUCUGGACGCUCUGCGCCGCCCUCUCCCGCCUUAACGAGGGCUCACCCCCGCAGUGGAUCGGUCCAAACGAGCCCCAGCAGUACGCCCAUGUCAACCAGAAGAGGACGGCAACUACCACAACUGCCUGCAAAGGGGACGCUGGAUAGAAAGGACGGAGAAGAGGACAUAGAGCCCUGUCCAGGUGCGAUGGACGUGGAGGAGCGCACGCGGCAGAUGAAGCUCAAGAUGAACAAGUACAAGCAGGGCACCGGCUCCGAUUCGCGGCUGGAGCAAGACUACCACAAGCGACGGGACCCAACGCGAGUCACGGACAACCUCUCGGCCAAGUCGUCGGACAGCGAUGUAAGCGACGUGUCCGCUGUGUCGCGGGGCAGCAGUGCCUCACGUUUCAGCAGCACGAGCUACAUGUCUGUCCAGUCGGAACGGCCGCGAGGCAGCCAUAAGAUCAGUGACUUUGCGCCCAAAAUGAAAAACAGGCAGACGGGCACGUCGGGCGGCAUGAACAUGACCAAGAGCACCAGCAUGGGCGGCGACAUGUGCAACAUGGAGAAGACGGAUGGCAGCCAGUCGGACACGGCCGUCAGCCUGGUGGGCACCGACGACAAGAAGCGGCGCUCCAGCAUCGGCGCCAAGGUCUCGGCCAUCGUGGGCAUGUCGCGCAAGAGCCGCAGCACGUCCCAGCUCAGCCAGACAGCAGGGGGUAAGAAGCUGCGCAGCACCAUCCAGAGGAGUACAGAGACGGGUCUGGCCGUAGAGAUGAGAAGUCGGAUGACCCGGCAGGCCAGCAGGGAGUCCACCGACGGCAGCAUGAACAGCUACAGCUCUGAGGGAAACCUCAUCUUCCCUGGCGUGAGGCUCUCGUCCGACAGCCAGUUCAGUGACUUCCUGGAUGGGCUUGGACCCGCUCAGCUGGUUGGACGGCAGACGUUGGCCACGCCCCCAAUGGGUGAUAUUCAGAUUGGAAUGGUGGAGAAGAAAGGCGCCCUUGAGGUGGAGAUAAUUCGAGCCCGUGGCCUUGUGGGAAAACCAGGUUCAAAAGCACUGCCAGCCCCCUACGUGAAGGUGUACCUGCUGGACAACGGAGCCUGCAUCGCCAAAAAGAAAACUAAAGUAGCCCGGAAAACACUGGACCCCCUUUACCAGCAACAACUGCAAUUCGAAGAGAGUCCAAGCGGGAAGGUUUUACAGGUCAUUGUCUGGGGAGAUUAUGGGCGCAUGGACCACAAAUCCUUCAUGGGAGCCGUUCAGAUACUCCUAGACGAUCUGGACUUGUCCAACAUGGUGAUUGGCUGGUUCAAGCUCUUCCCUCCCUCCUCACUGGUGGAUCCGACGUUGGCCCCGUUGACUCGAAGAGCUUCUCAAUCCUCAUUGGACAGUUCGUCGUUCGGUCGCUCGUAGCAGUGCGCGCUAAAGAAGGUAGCGUUGUUGUAGCAAGCCAGAGGGUGGAGCAUAAGAAUUUGCGACAGGUCACAUCCCCCCCGGUUACACUGCAUGCUUGAUGUUGUGUCUUCUGAGCCUGUUUCUUAAGGGGUAAAAAACAGUGGUCCUGUGUUAAAUCGCAAAAAAAAAAAAAAAAUCAUCGCACACAUUGUGCGAUUGAAGAGCGAGACCCCUUCACCGUCAUUCCGUUGGUGAGUGCAGGGGUCACUGGCAAAUGGAGGAAACAGGAAGUGGACUCCUGUAGCUGAAGGUAUCCCACAAUUCCUGGCUUCUUGUCCUCUUCAAGCCAUGAGGGGUAGAUGAGAACCGCUAACGCGUUGCUGAGUUUUACAGAAGGCCGUUGUGUGUUUUUUCUCUCUUUUUUUUAAACAAGGAGAAAAAAAAUUGUUAGGUCUUAUUUGUUCAUUUUUAUUUUCUUGUUAUUUGUUUUUUUAUUAUUAUUAUUAUUUUCGAUAUGGGUGAGCUAAAUGGGGUAACAGUGUUCCAGACUGGAGGCUCGGUCAUGC